GAUGGUGGUUGGGCGAUGGUUGUGUUUUUGGGUGUAGUGCUGUGGGCCCUCUCACCAACUCUCUCUCUCUCUUUCGCAACAGCGAGUGUCAUCAUCUUCUCUCCCUCAUAUUUAUAGAGACUGAACCUCAGAUCUCAUUUCGUCCUCUGUCUCUGUUCUCUCUCUCUCUCUCUGUUUCUCAUCCAUUGAUGCGCGAGGCAGAGUAGUCCGCCAACCUCAGCCUCUGGAUCGCAUUCCCACCGCCGCAUAUCCCUCUCGCCCUGUCGGUGCUCCCUCUAUUUCACCCCCCCCCGGACGACCCACCAGAUCCCGCUCGUUUGAAGGAGCGCAGCAAUGAAGGUGAUUGAGAAGAUCAGAGAGGCGGCCGGCGUGUGCAACGGCGGCGGCGGCGGCGGCGGCGGCGAGGGGAAGGUGGUGUUCUCGUUCGAGUUCUUCCCGCCCAAGACGGAGGACGGCGUGGACAACCUGUUCGAGCGGAUGGACCGGAUGGUCGUCCACAACCCGGCCUUCUGCGACAUCACCUGGGGCGCCGGCGGGUCCACCGCCGACCUCACCCUGGACAUCGCGAACCGGAUGCAGAACAUGAUCUGCGUCGAGACCAUGAUGCACCUCACCUGCACCAACAUGCCCGUCGAGAAGAUCGACCACGCCCUCGCCACCAUCAAGUCCAAUGGGAUCCAGAACGUCCUCGCCCUCCGCGGCGAUCCCCCGCACGGCCAGGACAAGUUCGUGCAGGUCCAGGGCGGGUUCGCCUGCGCCCUCGACUUGGUGAAACAUAUCAGAGCCAAAUAUGGAGAGUACUUCGGCAUUACUGUUGCUGGCUAUCCAGAGGGCCAUCCGGAUGUCAUAGGAAACGAUGGCGUGGUUACAUUGCAGGCUUACCAAAAUGAGCUUGCCUAUCUGAAGAGUAAGGUGGAUGCUGGAGCAGAUCUCAUCGUUACUCAACUGUUUUAUGACACUGAUAUUUACCUCAAGUUUGUGAAUGACUGUCGCCAAGUUGGAAUCCAUUGUCCUAUUGUUCCUGGCAUCAUGCCAAUAAACAAUUAUAAGGGCUUCAUUCGCAUGACUGGUUUCUGCAAAACAAAGAUACCAGCUGAAAUAACUGCUGCCCUGGAGCCAAUCAAGGACAAUGAAGAAGCUGUUAGAAACUACGGAAUUCACCUUGGAACUGAAAUGUGCAAGAAAAUUUUGGCUAAUGGAAUCAAGACCCUACAUCUUUACACGCUCAACAUGGAGAAGUCGGCAUUGGCUAUAUUAAUGAAUCUUGGCUUAAUUGAGGAGGCUAAAGUGUCAAGGUCUCUUCCUUGGAGACGUCCUACAAAUGUCUUCCGUGUUAAGGAAGAUGUUCGGCCCAUAUUCUGGGCAAAUCGUCCGAAGAGUUAUAUUUCAAGGACCAUGGGGUGGGACCAAUACCCUCGUGGAAGAUGGGGUGAUUCCCGGAGUGCAGCGUAUGGGACACUGACUGACUACCAGUUCAUGCGUCCACGUGCCCGUGAUAAGAAACUUCAUGAAGAAUGGGUUGUUCGCUUGAAUAGUGUCGAAGAUGUUCAUGAGAAAUUUAAGAAAUUCUGCCUUGGGAAGUUGAGAAGUAGUCCAUGGUCCGAGUUGGAUGGCAUUCAGCCAGAGACGAGAAUCAUUAAUGAACAACUGGGAAGAAUUAAUUUGAAAGGUUUCUUAACAAUUAACAGCCAACCAGCGGUUAAUGGGGAAAGAUCUGAUUCUCCUUCUGUUGGAUGGGGUGGGCCUGGGGGUUACGUGUACCAGAAGGCCUAUCUGGAGUUUUUCUGCUCUCCAGAAAAAUUGAACACCCUCGUGGAGAAAUGCAAGGGAUUCCUGAACCUGACCUACAUGGCCGUUAACAAAGAAGGUGACAAAUGGAUAUCCAACGUCGGGGAAUCCGAUGUGAAUGCGGUGACUUGGGGAGUCUUCCCGGCAAAGGAGAUUAUCCAACCGACAGUGGUUGAUCCAGCCAGCUUUUUGGUCUGGAAGGAUGAGGCAUUUGAAAUCUGGUCGAGGGGAUGGGCUCGUUUGUACCCCGAGGGUGACCCAUCCCAAAAAUUGCUGCAAGAGAUACAGAGCACUUUCUUCUUGGUAAGCUUGGUAGAUAACGAUUACAUGAAGAGCGAUUUGUACGGUGUGUUUGAUGAUAUAUGAAGCGUGCUGCUUACUGCUAUCGAGUUGCAGUGGAGGUGCCUGUAGUUUAAUUUCCUCAAGGAGAUUGUUGUGGGAAUAACCUGUUGGGGUUCUGGUAUUGCAAUUUUACCACACAAGUUGUAAUCUAGAUAGUCCAGCAGAUGAUUUUUCUUUCAAUUCUUAGAAUGUUAUAUCGAUUCAUAA